ACGAUAAAUAUCAACGAACGGCAAAAUAUCCAAGAGGAAGCAGAUUUAUUUUGAUCGUUAAUUUUUCGUUUAUUUAAAUGCAGCUAAGAUUGGACAUGUUAACCCUGUGCAGGACCUGCCUGCAGGAUGGCGAAUCGCACAUGGUCUCCAUUUUCGAAGCAACAGACGGAAAGCUGGGCGGCGGAAUUUCACUUGGAGAUAAAAUUGAAAUUUUAAGCGGAAUUCAGAUAAAGCCAUCGGAGGAUCUGCCCUCGAUGAUCUGUCUUAAAUGUAAGGCCUUUCUGACUCUGGCGCAUAAGUUCCGCCAGAUUUGCCAGCGCUCCAAUCAAUUUCUCAGGGAGUAUGUGAUAAAGGAUGCAGGGGAGCAAGUGGUAAAGGAUGUAGUAAAACAAGUGAAUAAUUCCUCGGACCCCACUCCAGCGCCAAAUGUGGAGUCGGAGCAGUACGAACAACUAGAGGUAGAGGUGGUCGAGGAGGAAGCCUGGGCCACCGAAGAUCUUAUUGAGGAGGCAUUACCAUCGGCAGAGAAAGAACAGCCCACGGAUAUCGACGUGCCAACAGUACCUGCUCGAAAUCCCGCUCCUUCAGUCGCAGCUAAUGGUAAACUUCAUGUGUGCGAGAUCUGCGGUAAUGGUUAUCCCAGAAAAAGCACACUGGACACUCACAUGCGAAGGCAUAACAAUGAACGACCUUUCGAAUGCGAGAUAUGCCAUAAGAGCUUCCAUGUCAACUAUCAGUUAAAGCGCCACAUCCGGAAGCACACGGGCUCAAAACCAUACACCUGCCAAUAUUGCCAGCGAAGUUUUGCAGAUCGUACUUCCCUUGUCAAGCACGAAAGAACCCACCGAAAUGAACGUCCUUAUGCUUGCCAGACUUGCGGGAAAACUUUUACUUACGCCAGUGUCCUUAAGGUGCAUUAUAAAACGCACACGGGCGAAAAACCUCACACAUGUCGACUCUGUGAAAAGAGCUUUGCUCGUAUUCACAAUCUAGUUGCCCAUUUGCAGACCCAACAGCAUGUAAAUGAUCCACGUUUGGCUGAUUAUCUGAAUACCCUAAAAGUGGGAAGCACUUCAGUUAAUGUUUGAAACCAAUUUGCAAUGUAAUAUCUAACGCUACUUCAUUUAACCUUGGCUAAAUUUUAAAUCGCCAUCAAGGUUGUAAUUGUUUAAAAAUUAAAUGCGGGUAUUUAAUUGCAGUGAAAAUGUUAAAUUAUUUACUUUA